GCCUAGUUCCAGGCCACGGCUAAUGUGAUUUUUUUUGCUGCUUUGUUUUUCGCCGCAGGGCACCGCUGAUUUGCUCCCCUGAAGCUGACCCUCAAACGGAAUGAGAUAUGGAGGCAUCGGCGGUCUGUGUGCGUGCUGGCAGCGCCUGUUGGUCCAGCAGGUCAGCCCCACAUCAUCAUCAUCAUCAUCAUCAUGAGAAUCAUGAGAAUAAGAAUAAUAAUUAUGUCGGCAGUGCUAUAUCUGCAUCCACGUCGGCUUUCCAGAGACAAGUGUCACUUUCUGCCGAGGAUAGAUUGCCAGUCUGUCUGCUGGAGAAGAGGAAGGGGAGAAAAGAUGGCAGGUGUGUGAUGAUGAGGAUGAUGAAGAUGAUGAGAACGAAGAUGAAGAAGAUGACACCAAACACGACCGACGUCGUCGGAUUUGACAGCUACAGAACCAGAUCUGUUUUGGCGGGAAGAACUGAUUUGAGAGCCAGAUCUGUUUUGGCGGGAAAAAUUGAGUUGAGAUCCAGAUCUGUUUUGGCGGGAAGAAUUGAUUUGAGAGCCAGAUCUGUUUUGGCGGGAGAAAUUGAUUUGAGAUCCAGAUCUGGUUUGGCGGGAAGAAUUGAUUUGAGAUCCAGAUCUGUUUUGGCGGGAAGAAUUGAUGCGAGAUCCAGAUCUGUUUUGGCGGGAAUGGAUUGCCGCGGAGAAGCUGUGCAACAACAAGAAGAAGAUCUAAUUACUGCAAGUCAGAGUCGAGAUCAAAGCGAAAAUGGAAAUCAGCAGCAGCAGGAGCAGAUGGACGAUGAGGAUAAGUGGGUGGGGGAGGAGGAGGAGGGGGAGGAGGAGAAGGAGGAGGAGGAGGAGGAGGAUCUGAGACAGCUCGUGCCGGGAAACAGAGAAGAUGGUGUGGCAAAUGUGGACCUUGGUCCUGUAGAGGGUCAAUCUGCGGCGGAUGGGCGACCGAUGAAGAGGAGGAGGGGGAGGAGGAGGUGGGUGCUGCGGAGGUCGGGGGGAAAGGUGAGAGAAGUGAUGAGGAAUCUGGAGGAUAUGGAGGACAUGUCUCAGAUGGAGUCGGUUCUGCAAGAUUGGACGCGACGGAUGAAACCGCGCCGCGCUGAGAUGCUUGCAGUUAUCGAAGACCUAGACAGGAACCGUCUAUCGGAGCACGUGGUGAAGGCACUAGAGUGGGCAAUACGCGAGGAACGGUUCGAAGCAAGCGUACGAGACUACACAAAAUUAAUGGAAAAAUAUGGAAAGAUGAUGCGCUUUUCUGAUGCCGAACGCGUGUUCGGGGAUAUCGAACGUGCAGGCUUGCUGCAUGAUCCUGUGUCUUUCACUGUCCGGAUAACUAAUCUUGGGCGCCAAGGACGAGGCGAAGAGGCAGAGGAGUUGGUUGGUGACAUGCUAUACAGGGGGAUGACUCCUGACAAGAAGACAUGGACGGCUCUGAUAAUCGCGCAAGGGCGGUCGAGAAAUCCGACGAGAGCUGAGGCAGCACUGAGGGCCAUGCUCUCCUCUGGCGAGCGUCCUCAUUUGCCAGCGUAUACCGCGCUGGUCAACGCCUAUGGACGAGCAGUGCGUGCCGAUGAUGCUCAGCGUAUCUUCGAUGAACUCCUGCAGCACAGGUUCCGACCCAGCCGAAAUGCCUUCACAUCUCUGAUUGAAGCGUAUGGCCGUACCGGCGACGCCGACAAAGCGAUUCAAAUGUUCGAACAGAUGUGGGGUACAGCCGUGAGCGAUAGAUUGGGUAUGGAGAUAGGGGAAAUCAUGGAGGUUGACGAGCAUGACGUAGACCUUGUAACUUCAGGAGAGCAUUCUGGUGGUAAUGUCAGCAAGAAGCGUUCGGGUAGCCAAUCCCAACAUGUCCCCAGACACAUUGGUCGGCGACGGAGGGGCCUCGAUUUGAUAGAUGAUGUUGCGAUGGCGACAGUCGUGAGAGCUGCUGGGUUGUCCGGAGCCUGGGAGAAGGCGGCGGAGCUCGUGCGAUCAUUCGAGCGCGCUGACUCGAAAAUAAAGAUGAAAGAGGCAGCACUUGCACAAGGACCUGAAGGAGUUCAACGGCACGUGAAGCGCCAUAUGGAGUCCCCAGGGUCUUUGACGUACACARCGUUGAUCGACGCAUAYRGUCGUGUCGGUCGGUUCGACGACGCCAGACGAGUGUUGGCAGUGAUGGAAAUGGAGGGGAUUCGUUGCGUAGAAAGCACCUACGUGUCCUUGCACAAUUCCUAUGCCCGUGCCGGGCUUGCGGAAGAGGCAGCCAAAGCAAGGGAAGAAAUGGAAGGUCGACGCAUACGGCCCACACUGUAUGGGUAUUUGGAAAUGCUGCGAGGCCUUUGCGAUGCAUCCAUGUACUCUGAAGCACUGGAUCUUUGGACGAAGAUGCAUGCUGAUGGCUGUGUCCCGACGGACGAGCAGUUGCAAGGGCAUGGGUUGACAGGAGAUGCAAAGGUCUUGACCCCUGACGAACUCACGCUGUUGCUUGGAGGGGCGAAAUCAGCAGAAUUGGAAUUGCAAUCGGAAGAAGGUAGCGCCGGCAGGAAAGCUAUGCCUGCCGAGGUUGCAACAAUAGAAUUAGUCAGGUCAGCUGAAUCAGCGAGAGAAUGACAAAGGAAGGGGGUCCAAACCAAAUGGGAAACAAGCAGGGACAAGGUUGAUUGGUGGGACGAAGGCAACCGCGGUAAUGAUUGUGACAGCUAUUGGGAGAAUGCAGGAGGACACGGCAGAGAGGUGACGCUGGGGGCAUAGCACCAAUGGAAGUACGGCAGGUCAGACGAAUCGGCGAGAACGGCAAAGUACAGGGAGGGGUACAGGGAACCUUGUCCCUGUUGCGAUGACGACGCACGUCGAACCCAUCAUGGGCUUUGUCAUCAUCAUCAUCCUCGCCUUCCGUAUCAAUAUAGACUGGACCAUGCGAAUCGUCGCGGCCAUACCUGUUGGUGCCGAGCGAGGAACCUCAGGGGGCGCUUGCAUCGUGACUCGUAGGAUCAACACAGGGAACUGGAACAGACCCACAUGGCCAUCUGCAGAGCAAGAGCAGCUGGGUUGGCUGGCUGCAGGCUGUUCACGUGUCUCGAUUGAACACCGGGUACGAACGGUAUCUCCAAUGGGUUUGAUGGUAAAGAGGCGGCGGUGGUGUAUUGCACUCACUUGGAGAAUGAGGACCCUGACACGCUCGAAGGGUUGAAGGCACUGUCUUUUUGAAGAGGCCCUGAUAAACUGACCGAGCAAUUUGGAUUUUGCGCAUCCCUUUAGCCAGAUCGGCUGAGCUGGUGAAGAAUGAGAUCAACAAGGGCCCCAUAAACGGACCACGGAAGGGCCCAUAUAUAGAGACCAAAAAGGUCCCACAUUGGGACUACCACUGGCCCAUAUUCAGGCCAACAAAAGCCCCUGAUGAGA